CAACCCCCCCCGAAUAUAUUUUUGCUCUCUUCGCUGAGAAACCGGCGCUGUAUAUACUACUUUGUACUUCUAACAGGGUCGUUGCUGUAGCUGUUUCCAGAGCAUCUCAUCCAAAGCAACUACGCUCGUCACCGGUACCGAGUUUACAGGAAAUUCUUGCUACGAAGUUAGUCUUGUGACGCAGAGAGUCAUCAGCCGAUAUGCCUCCAAAGACCAACGGUCGUGAUGGGAAGCCCCCGCCCUCCGCAGCGACGAACUUGAUCGCUGGCGGUGGUGCAGGAAUGAUGGAGGCGCUUAUCUGCCAUCCUCUCGAUACUAUCAAAGUUCGCAUGCAACUUUCUCGUCGCGCGCGUGCCCCAGGUGUGAAGUCAAGAGGAUUCAUUGCCACGGGAUCAGAAAUCAUCAAGCGCGAGACCCCCCUCGGUCUCUACAAAGGUCUUGGCGCAGUGGUAACUGGCAUUAUGCCCAAGAUGGCCAUUCGAUUCACGUCGUUUGAGGCAUACAAGGCCAUGCUCGCAAACAAGGAGACUGGUGUCGUCAGCACAAAAGCAACCUUCUUUGCUGGCCUCGCUGCCGGUGUUACAGAGGCUGUCGCAGUUGUAACGCCGAUGGAGGUCAUCAAGAUCCGUCUCCAAGCACAGAACCACUCCAUGGCCGACCCCCUCGAUGUCCCCAAAUACCGCAAUGCCGCACACGCAUUGUACACUGUGGUUAAAGAGGAGGGUUUUGGAGCGUUAUACCGUGGAAUUUCGCUUACAGCUCUGAGGCAAGGAACCAACCAGGCUGUUAACUUCACUGCCUACACCGAGUUCAAAUCUGCCCUCCAAAGAUGGCAACCAGCCUACGCCGACUCCCAGCUCCCCUCCUACCAAACAACCCUCAUUGGUCUCGUCUCUGGUGCCAUGGGCCCCCUCUCCAACGCCCCCAUCGACACCAUUAAGACGCGCCUCCAGAAGACUCCCGCCCAGGCCGGCCAGAGCGCAUGGAGCAGAAUAACAUACAUUGCAGCAGACAUGUUCAAGACGGAGGGCGUGCACGCCUUUUACAAGGGCAUCACGCCGCGUGUGAUGCGUGUCGCUCCCGGCCAGGCCGUUACCUUCACAGUGUACGAGUUCCUGAAGGAGAAGCUCGAGAACAGGACGACGAUCGCGGAGCUUGUGGGCGGUAAGUACGAGGAGUAAGUGUUCUGUAUUUUACCAUGAUGGACGGAUCAUGUUGGGCAUUGUUGGAGGCAAGGCAUUUUCAUGCGAGUGGCUAAAAGCGUUAUGGUGACACUCUGUAUAUAGACGCUGUGCGUAGAUUAUAUGGUAUCGAGUACUUAUAUCCAUUUUAUAUCAAGUUUGCUUGGUACAAUCUUCCGG